AGUCAAGAAGGGCGGAGUUUUAGUUUUUUGACAUAGGGGUUUUGCUUAAGAUGUAAAGAAUUGGGGGAUGGAAUGAGAGUGCUUGGUAUGGCAGGAUUCCUGUUACUCAUUUGUCCCCUUCAAACAAAGCUUCAGGUCAAGGACAUCUAACAGGGAUAUGAUUUAGCCUGAAGUUUAAGUUAGAGAAAAUGGGCACGAACUGUCAACGGCGUCGAAAACUGAGAGCCAGAGCAAAACGUUUGGCGAACAGGAAGGAAGUUAUCAUUCAGCCUCAGUGUUCAAGUUCUCUCCCUCCAAAGCUUCCGGUUUCACCCUGCAGCUGGAGCAAGCCUCUUUGCGCAUGGCCCUUGACAUUUCUGAGCAUUGCAGUAGUGAAGGCUUUACAGACCGCAGGGUUGUAUUUGUACGGGUGGUGGCAGAGAAGUGUUGGACGGAUCUUUCAAGUCAUCAAAAAAAUUGUAUCUCCAUCAAACACGUGUCUGCAGGACCUGGCUGCGUUCCGGGAACGGUUAGAAAAGCUGGAAACUGAAUUUGCCAGCCUACAGUUGCUGGUCCAGAAUGGAACUGUUGUGCCUAUCUUGGAAAAGGCACCUUGCCAGAUGCAGCUGGAGAAUCCAGAGCCAGCUUUUCCUGCACAUGCGCAGCUGAGCCUUCCAGCAUCUUUGCCUCCACAGCCCCUGGCUCCCCCACCCCCUCCCCCACCCCCUCCACCCCUGCCUCUGCCUGCACCUCUCCGUCUCAUAAGAGCUGGUGGCACAAAGACGCCGGCAGCCUCGUUAAAAAAAGACGUACCCAUGCAGAUAACCCUCCAGGACCUCCUAAAUGUGAAACUGAAGAAGGCCCAAAGUGGCAUGGGGAUAGACAAGAGGAGAUCGCCGUUUGAAAGGCGCAAGGCAUUAAUUACGCUCUCCGACUUGCAAAGCAUCAAUCUGAAAUCCAAAGCCCCAGGACCACAAGCUCGGGUUACCAGUCACUUGAUCACUCCUAGCAGAAGCAGUUUAGAUUUCCGGAAACACUUGAGAAAAGUCGCUAUUGAGAGGAGCCCAGGUGGAACCCCAUUAAGCAACAAAGAGAACACGGAGACUGGGACAGGACUGACACCAAUCAUGACCCAGGCUCUGCGGCGCAAGUUUCAGUUGGCUCACCCAAAGAGUCCCUCUCCACCCCUGUUGCCUAAAGGAAGCAGCUUUGAGGAGCAAAGUUAGCAGUGCAGCUCCUGGCUAACUACACUUCCCUGUGCUGGUUUUCUGGCCUCUGCUGAUGGACACUACUAAUGUGGAAAGAAUUUAUUUAUUUUUAAGUAAAAUGCACUGGGAGCAGGGAGGGGAGAAGAAAGGAUAAGCUUUGUCGUCCUUUAGAGCAGAGCUCACCAUCCCCAGGUGAAACACACAAAGGAGAGACAGUAUAAGUCUUUUUUUCCCCAGCCAGCCUGCUCUUAUUUUUAUUCCUUUACGGCAGAGAUAGGGAAGUUGUGGCCCUCUGGAUUUGUUGAACUACAACUCCCAGCAGCCCCUAGCAGCAUCCAGAGAGCAUUCAUCCUCGCUUAAUUCCAUACUGGCAAAUAUGAGGUCAUCCCUAUAAAACAUCUUUAGGACAUAAAAUACCUGCAUGAGGAUUUGGACAUUCCUAA